CGCCUCCUCAUCAGAUCAGCUGCAUCACAACGCUGCAGCAGACGACAACAACGCAGCAGCUGCCGCCGUUUGCCUGCCUGGAAGCAGCUGGAACGCCUGCGCAGCAGCCAGCCGCUGGCAGUUGUCAACAAGCGAGUACUCCCUGCCACGCCCACUGCAAUAAUACACACAACAGCAACAGCAUUGGCCUCAGCUCUGCCAGCUGCCACAACAACUAUGACUUUGCUUUGAACUACAACAACAACAACAGCAACACGAACAGCAACAUCAACAGCAGCAACACGGCACCGCCCAUGAUAUUUGUGCCCUUCAGUAUGCCUGUGCCGCCUCAGACGGUGCCUAAUCCGUUCUCACAUGCUGCCAAGGAGUCGGCGAAGCCAUUCGGUCAAACGCCCGCACCACCGCCGCCGCUGCCACCACCGCCACCGCCAUCGCUGCUGCUGCCGCUAGCGUUUCAGUGCCACUACCAGACGACGCUACCCAGAGCCGGACCGCUGCCCGCCCGAGCACCGCCAACACCGCCCGCGCGGCAAGUGCUGCCGCUGAAAGUCGUCGCUGCGGCGGCCAUCAGAGCGCAUCAGCAGCUCGAAUCAUUCUGGAACGGCUUUUUAGCACUUUAUGGCAUUUUUCUGGACAGCUCGUGUCCAGCCAGCAGAAUCCAUUUAUCCGAUUGUGGAUGCCAAAAGACGACAUUGCUAUCUGUUCUUUGUGGCGAUCGAAAGGCAUUGCGAAAGACAGAACGUAAAAAGGCAAAAGCAGAAUGAAAUUAAGCGGCUCCCAGAGACUAAAAGCAAAGACAAUGGAUGUUGGGUCGGCAGAAACAAACAGUCACGUUGAGGUGGCGCCAAAUAAAGUGCAGAGGCCAAUGCAAUGGGGCAGCGGGCAGCGGGAAGGAAGCGAGAAGCGGAAGGCAGUACGCGUAUCCUUUGAAUGCGAGUGGAAGUGGCCUAAUGGCCUCGGGCUGAUGUGUGAUGCAUGGUCGUAAGUGAAUUCAUAUUUUAUAUACCGUUAACAUACCAACAAAAAGCAACA